GCGUAGGAAGGAGGGAGGUCGGUGAGGGAAGAGGGGGAGAGCAGAAAUUCAUCCGAUUGGCGGUCUGGCACCAGUCGGCAGUCCUACCGUCAAUGAGAAGAUGGCCGCUGAGCUCGGUGGAAGUGUCGCCAUUGUUUAGUGUUUAGUUGUUUUACCGUUUCUCGCAUAAUUUUACGGGAAGCACGAUAAAAAUGCCAAGUGCGUCGUUCACAUCGUCGCGCAAUUACGUGCGGAGAUCCCGAAGAAAAGGUGCAAACAGGAUUCCGCUGCCUUCGAGAACCACCUCGGCCGAGCCAUGCGAUUUGCCAUGUUCAGCAUCAAAUCAGAUACCACCUGGUGGUGGAGUUGGUGGUGGAGGAGGAGGAGGAGGAGGUGGAGGUGGGGGUGGAAGCGGUGGAAGAGGAUCUUCACCCAGUGUUUCUGGAGUUGCAGCACCAUCACCUUCCCCAUCACAUUCACAUUCAUCCCCAUAUGAUUUAAGGCGUAAAAGUCCACCUCAUCCAGACCCUGCUCCUGGUACCAGCUCUGCUCUACCUCCCUCAGGUGGCAGUAGUAUAGGAGCCGCUCUUAGUUCUUCCUCCUUACCAGCAAGAAAACGGCCCAGGCGGACAUGUUCAUUAUCCACAGAUGGUACAAACACAAAUACAGCAGCACAUUACCUUCAGUAUGAGCUACCGGAUGAAGUGCUGCUUACUAUAUUUAAUUAUCUUAUGGAACAGGAUCUAUGUAGAGUUUCACAAGUUUGCAAACGUUUUCAAAUAAUUGCAAAUGACACUGAACUGUGGAAGUCCCUGUACCAGCAAGUUUAUGAGUAUGACUUGCCACUAUUUAAUCCUGCACCUUGUAAAUUUGAAUUUGUAUCCCCGGAUGAGUCAGACUAUCCAAAUCCAUGGAAAGAAAGCUUUAGACAAUUAUAUAGAGGAGUACACGUUAGGCCAGGAUUUCAGGAUUUGAAGUUCAAGGGUCGAAAUUUGCCAUACUUUAAUACAGUUCAGGGAGCAUUAGAUUAUGUAGAUGAAUAUAGAAGCAAUAGCGGUUCCUCGUCAAAUAAUAGCACAACUACAAGUGGUCAAGGGAAUUGUUGUGGAAACAAUUCUCAGGCAGCGGAAGAAGCACCUCAACAUUUAGUUUUCUUACAUGCCGGAAUAUAUAGAGGCGAAUUUCUUGUAAUCGACAGCGAUGUUGCAUUAAUCGGUGCAGCACCCGGAAAUGUGGCGGAAUCUGUUAUAUUAGAACGAGAAAGUGAAUCUACAGUUAUGUUUGUAGAAGGAGCAAAACGAGCUUAUGCCGGCCAUCUCACAUUGAAAUUUACCCCCGACGUUACUAGUACAGUACCGCAUCAUAAACAUUAUUGUUUAGAAGUUGGCGAAAACUGCAGUCCAACAGUCGAUCAUUGCAUUAUUAGGAGUUCAAGUGUUGUUGGAGCAGCUGUUUGCGUGUCAGGUGUAGGAGCGAAUCCUGUGGUAAAGAAUUGUGACAUAUCGGAUUGCGAAAACGUUGGACUUUAUGUCACUGAUUAUGCACAAGGAACUUAUGAAGACAAUGAAAUCUCUAGAAAUGCACUGGCUGGAAUUUGGGUAAAAAAUUACGCAAAUCCAAUUAUGCGAAGGAAUCACAUUCACCACGGAAGGGAUGUUGGAAUCUUCACAUUUGAUAAUGGACUUGGAUAUUUCGAGGCUAACGAUAUUCAUAAUAAUCGAAUAGCAGGCUUCGAAGUAAAAGCUGGUGCUAAUCCAACAGUUGUACAUUGUGAAAUACACCAUGGUCAAACUGGUGGAAUUUACGUUCACGAGAAUGGUUUAGGGCAAUUUAUCGACAACAAAAUCCACUCGAAUAAUUUCGCCGGUGUUUGGAUUACCUCAAAUUCAAAUCCAACUAUUCGUAGAAACGAAAUUUAUAAUGGUCAUCAAGGAGGAGUAUAUAUAUUUGGAGAGGGAAGAGGCUUGAUCGAACAUAAUAAUAUUUACGGCAAUGCCUUAGCUGGUAUACAGAUCAGAACAAAUUCAGAUCCUAUUGUUAGACAUAACAAAAUACAUCAUGGUCAACAUGGUGGUAUAUACGUGCACGAAAAGGGGCAAGGUUUAAUCGAAGAGAAUGAAGUGUAUGCAAAUACUUUAGCAGGUGUUUGGAUAACAACUGGAUCGACACCGGUAUUAAGAAGAAAUCGUAUUCAUAGUGGAAAACAAGUAGGAGUUUAUUUUUAUGAUAAUGGACAUGGAAAACUAGAAGACAAUGAUAUUUUCAAUCAUUUGUAUUCAGGAGUACAAAUAAGGACUGGAAGUAAUCCAGUGAUACGUGGGAAUAAAAUAUGGGGCGGACAAAACGGUGGAGUUCUUGUGUAUAAUAGCGGAUUAGGCUUACUUGAACAAAAUGAAAUUUUUGAUAAUGCAAUGGCAGGAGUUUGGAUUAAAACAGAUAGUAAUCCUACGUUAAAAAGAAACAAAAUAUUUGAUGGACGAGAUGGUGGAAUUUGUAUAUUUAAUGGCGGCAAAGGCGUUCUCGAAGAAAACGAUAUAUUUCGUAACGCGCAAGCAGGAGUGCUUAUUUCUACACAAUCCCACCCUGUCUUGAGGAGAAAUCGAAUAUUUGAUGGAUUAGCAGCCGGCGUUGAAAUAACAAACAAUGCGACUGCUACGUUGGAAUUUAAUCAAAUUUUCAAUAAUAGAUUUGGCGGUCUUUGUUUAGCAAGUGGAGUACAACCGACAACUAGAGGCAAUAAAAUAUUUAAUAAUCAGGAUGCAGUUGAAAAAGCAGUCGGAAACGGCCAAUGUUUAUACAAAAUUUCGUCAUAUACCUCCUUCCCUAUGCACGAUUUUUAUCGCUGCCAGACAUGCAAUACGACAGACCGCAAUGCAAUUUGUGUUAACUGCAUAAAAACCUGUCAUGCUGGGCACGAUGUGGAAUUUAUUAGACAUGAUCGAUUCUUCUGUGACUGUGGUGCUGGAACAUUAAGUAAUCAGUGUCAACUUCAGGGUGAACCUACGCAAGAUACCGACACAUUGUACGAUAGUGCAGCACCAAUGGAGUCGCAUACACUUAUGGUCAACUAGGAACUAACGUAAACUAAAUAAAACAAUCAAACGACACUGAGAAUCUAAGCACAUCGUCGACACCCAUGUAUAAAAUCGUUGAGGAGGACACGUUAUGAGAAUUUCUACUCGCAAGCGUACGAAACUUUAAACACUCCAGUGCAUUAAGACAGAACGAACAUGAAAGAAGUGCAUAUUGUGUAUUCAUAUUAAUGGAAUUGUAGGUAAUCAAGCCCAGCUAGCGUCAAGAUAAAUAUUGGAGGAACGAUUAGCAAGAAAUAAUCAUGGUUGAUUAAAAAAAAGAAGGAAAGAAAAGAAUAUAAAACAAAGUGCGACUUUGUUAAAGUAAAACAUGUCGAAUAUGUGUGGUACAAAUUUUCGAAGGAUGGGAAAAACGAGGACGAGUGAAACACGAAGAUCCACGACGACAUGCUGAAGAAACGGAUGUCUAAAAAAUGUGAUAUGUAAAAUUCACAAAUGGAAUAAUCAAAAUGGAACAGAAACAUCUGUACAAUUUUAAGAAAUCUUUUCUUUUUUUUUGUUUUUCUCUCUCAAUGUAAGUGUACUUCGUAAUACACACGAACAAUUCUUCGAUUCUAUUAUCUCCUUGUAAUUGUGAAUAGUGAUGGCCCUAAGUUGCUCGACGGGGGAAAGUGCAUAAUAAGACAAUGUAAAACAAAACAGAACGAAAAGAAAGAAUAUUUAAAAAAGGUAAACUUAAAAUGAAUUCACGUAAUUACGUAUGUUGGUGUAAUACCAGUGAGAAAGAAGAAAGAAACAAACAAAUGUUUUACGAAGAGAAGUAAGAAAAUGAUAUACUGUCCGAGGAACAGUUUUAAACAAAAAAAAAUAAUAAUAAAAAGUAAUCUCGAAUUUUUAAAGUAAUCCGAUUUUUU